UAUAGACUUGCUCUAUAAAACUCGCGCCAAAAGCCACUCGAUACUAUUCCCACUUCAAAAAAUCGCCUCCGUACUUCGCCGCCGACGGUUUAACUUUAUCCGAUCAGCCUCGUCGUAACACUUCCGACACCAUGUACUCCACCCUGGCCCAUGCCAAACAGUUUCUUGUUCCGCACGUCCACCGGAACGACGCCGUUUCAUCCCCUCUGGGAUUCGAUCUCAACUUUUCCGGCCUGAACAUCCACAGAGAGAACAUGUUCCUCGACGACCCUGAAGACUCCACUUUCACAAUCGUGAGUGACACGCGGUACAGUUCGGUGAGAAGUUUUGAGGAUCUGAAUCUGUCGCCGGAGGUGAUUAGGGCUUUGUAUGUGGACAUGGGCUACAGGAGGCCCAGUAAAAUUCAGGCAAUUACUCUGCCGAUGAUUCUGACGCCUCCUUAUAAGGAUUUGGUUGCUCAAGCACACAAUGGUACUGGGAAAACUACUUGCUUUGGGCUCGGGAUGCUGGGCCGAAUCGAUCCUGGUCUGAAAGCUCCUCAGGCGCUCUGCAUUUGUCCCACCAGAGAGCUGGCCAUUCAGAUAUUGGAGGUGCUUCAGAAGAUGGGGAUGUACACAGGAAUAAAAAUGGAGUGUGCUGUCCCAAGUGUGACGCCGAGUUCUACAUCUGUUCGUGACCGAGCACCAGUGACAGCACAUAUUGUGAUUGGAACUUCUGGUACAGUGCAUAAGCUUAUGUCAUACAAGAAGCUGGGUGUAAGCAAAUUGAAGGUUCUUGUUUUUGAUGAGGCUGAUCACAUGCUUGCCGAGGAUGGCUUUAGAGAUGAUUCUUUAAGGAUAAAGAAGGAGAUAGAUAAAUUUAGCCCUCACUGCCAGGUGCUUUUGUUUUCUGCUACUUUUAAUGAAAUGAUCACAAAGUUCAUACCGAGGGUGAUGAAAGAUUAUAAUCAACUAUGUUUAAAGAAAGAAGAGCUGUCUUUGGAAGCUGUGAAGCAGUACAAGGUCUACUGCCCUGAUGAGCUGAGCAAAAUUGAUGUGAUCAAAAACAAAAUAUUUGAUCUAGGAGAUUACAUUGGACAGAGAAUAAUAUUUGUAAGGUCGAGAACUAGUGCAAAAAUGUUGCAUGAUGAACUUGUUGGAGAUGGUUAUUCGGUUACUACCAUACAUGGCGCCCUCAGUGUUGAAGAGAGAGACAAAAUAGUCAAAGAGUUCAAAGAUGGUUUAACCAAAGUUCUCAUAUCAACUGAUCUCCUCGCUCGAGGCUUUGAUCAACAGCAGGUUAAUUGUGUUGUCAAUUAUGAUCUUCCAAUCAAGCGUGGAGCUUCUUCAAGCACACGGGAUCCUCCAGAGCCUGAUUAUGAGCUUUACUUACAUAGAUGUGGCCGGGCAGGUCGUUUUGGGAGCAAGGGAUCUGUGUUCAACUUGCUUUGCCUUGAUACGGAUAAGCUGGUCAUGGCAAAAAUUGAGCGCUACUAUAACAUCCAAGUACCAGAGGUUAAGAUCAGUGAACGGGCUUUUCAAGGGGCUCUAAGAGCUGCGGGGUUACUGUAAUGACCACGCAGCCUAACUCAGUUUAACCAUUUUGUGAUCAAACAUAGGUAGCACUAGCAGCUGCUAGUAGUUUUAAGAUCGUAAUAUCACCAUGUAUCUAUCUAUGUCUAGUUUAAGGUAAAUGUUAGAACUUAGAAGACGGCAAGUAGCUUAAGAAGUGUCUCUUUUGAUUAGUGUAGUGUAAACCGAUGAUCGGAAUUAUUUAUUUUUAUAGGUUCUUAUUCAA